GGGCAUGAGGCGUCACCCCGAAAAACACUUGGGGUGUGUGUCUCCCCGCCGACGGGCAACUGGAGAGCGCUUGUGCCCUUUCCCCCUCAGCAAUUCAAACCUAAGACUUCCCACACCACCUGAAGGCAGCAUCGACGCGUUUGGCCCUGUCAGCCAAUGAGAGCGGUGAUUUGUUCGAGAUAACCAAUCAGCGACGGAUACGUCUUACGGAGGCGAGUGAGUAAGACGGCCCGCCCUUACGUUGUUUCAUUGAAGAAGAAGAGGGACGGUCUUUCACAACACCAUCCUCACAAGAAAUUCAGUCAUGACGGCUAAACUUUGCAAGCUUUUUGUCGGGGGACUGAAUGUGGAGACCACGGAGGAUGGGGUCCGCACGUAUUUCGAGCAGUUCGGCGCUUUGACUGACUGCGUGGUGGUGAUGAACCCGCAGAUCGGCCGGUCCCGCUGCUUCGGCUUCAUCACCUACUCGACACCGGAGGAGGCCGACGCAGCAAUGGCGGCUAAGCCACAUGUCGUCGAAGGCCAUGAGGUGGAUUUGAAAAGAGCCAUAGCCCGAGAGGAUGCAAACAACCCAGAUAUCCUCGCCAACGUGAAGAAGAUCUUUGUUGGCGGUGUGAAAGACCACAUCGAGGCGGACCACCUCACCGAGUACUUCUCGCAGUUCGGCGUGGUGGAGAAGGCCGAGAUCAUAUCCGACAAGCAGACCGGCAGGAAGCGGGGAUUCGGCUUUGUCUACUUUGACGACACCGACUCCGCCACUAAAGCUGUGCUGACCAAGUUCCACACCAUCAGCGGAAACAAGGUGGAGGUGAAGAAAGCUCUCACCAAGCAGGAAAUGUCCACAGGGAGCCGCGGGAGAGGCCGAGGCCGGGGGAUGCAGCCCUAUGGCGGCGGAAGAGGAGGAGGUGGAGGCUACGAAGGCGGCGGCUACGGCAGCAACUACGAGGGAGGUUACGGCGGUGGCGGCUAUGGUGGCGGUUACAACGGAGGUGGCGGUGGGGGAUAUGGAGGGUAUGGUGGAGGAUACGAGGAGGCAGGAUACGACCAGCAGCAGAUGGGGGGUGGGUACAGCAAUGGUGACUUUGGCGAUGGCUAUGGACAGCAGCACUCAAGUUAUGGUGCAGUGAAGGCGGUCAACUAUUCCUACAGGAGCCCGGCUCCGUACAACAGAGGCACCGGCGGAGGAGGCUACGGCCGGGGGGCAGGAGGUGGAGGUGGUGGUGGAUACGCCGGCUAUUAAAGCCCCCCACAAGUUUUGUGAUCAUGGGGAAAUUUCAGAUUACAGCGAACUUGAAUUUACAUGCACACACACUGGGUGAGGGGGUCUUGUUGAGAUCCUUUAAGCGAGCAGUACCCAUCACCCCCCACAGGAAUGAAUGACACUGUCCUCUGGAUCCCCCCACCCGGACCCCAUCUGUCCCUCUUAUUCCACACAUAAUGGACUUUACUACUAAGAAUUGUGAAUUGUUGAACUGUACUUUUUGUUAUGUUUUUGGGGAAAGACUUGAUUUGAACCAUUUGUAAAGCCGUAUUCAAUGUCAGUCACUGCUUCUCAACUCAGAAUUGAGUUUGUAUGUAACCAGCCACACGUGUCUGUUAUUUUUGCAUCAUGAACUCAGGGUUUUAGGUAAUGUUGAUGGCAGUGUCGGCAGCAUGGGGACUCCAUUGCUUGGGUUUUUUUUAUCUUAAACACUCGUGACAAAGUAUUUUUGGGAGAAAUGUCACGGAUUGUUAUGUGUAUAAAUUACUUUUUUCCACCCGUCCCAUUACAGGCUUUUGUUUAGAUUAAAACUGUUUUGAAAUCCAUGUGUUCAGUUCACCCUAUGUUUGAUUCUGCUUUUAUUAAAGUUUUUAAUGUUUUGAAACUCA